AUGGAAUCAGAGAGCGUCAAAUUUGGAGGUCCAAGAGAAUUGGGCGGUGCACGAGAUCUUAUAACUCAACACAAGUUGUUGCCACACCAUGAAUUCUUUUGCAAGAGAUCACUCCCGGAGUCACUUUCAGAUGCUCAUUAUCUUCACAAUGUGGUGGGAGACACGGAGAUUAGAAAGGGAGAAGGGAUGCAGCUGGAUCAGCUUAUUCCUAAUGCAUCACUGGACCGAGAUACAAAUGCUCGCAUCCAACCUUUUGUUCUAGAUGAACUCAAGGAGGCUUUCGAUCUUAAUGAUACAGCUCCUGUUGAGUUGCCUCCAGCAGAGAAGGGAGCACUUACCAUUGCGUCGAAAUCGAAAAGUGAGUCAAAAGAUAGAGACAGGAAGCAUAGAAAACACAAGGACAGGAACAAGGAGAAAGAUAGGGAGCAUAAGAAGCACAAGCACAGACAUAAAGAUAGGAGCAAAGAUAAGGAUAAAGACAAGGAUCGCGACAAAAAGAAGGAAAAAAGUGGACACCACGAUAAGAAAAGGAAACACAAUGGGGAUGAUGAUCUUGAUGACGUCCAGAGGCAUAAAAAGAAUAAGCAUAAGAGCUCAAAGGUUGAUGGGAUGGGCGCGGUAAAGGUUGGGGGCUGA